AUGCACGGAGUAACACUCGCCCCGAAGAGUUCGGGCAAGCACAACCCAGACAGUCAAAAUGAGGCUCACAUUGAGAACCUUGCGAAUGCGCUUCCUGGAUUGAACGAGAAAGAUGCUACCGCCGUCGCCCAAGCCGGCGCUUGGGAGAUUGAUGCUUUCAUUGACAACAUGGAGCGCGAGCUUGAGGCUGCCGGUGGUCUGAAGACGGGCUUUUUUCAGCUUAAGUUCUCCGAGACCAAGUAUUUCACCUGGCUUAUCAUCGCUUUUGCCUCAAUGGGUGGUCUUCUCUCUGGUCUUGAUCAAUCUCUCAUUUCUGGCGCCAACCUUUUUUUGCCCGCUGAUUUGGGCCUCACUGUCAAACAAAACGUAAUAAGGAGUCUAUUCAACCCUUAA